AUGGCCAUGCAUCUGUGCACGACGUUGUUCGACAAAUGGUCGCGUGUCCUUGGCGAUACCGAGGAGGAUAGGCAAGCGGAAGGUAGUAGUGCGUCUGUCUGCCGCUCUAAGCAAAUGCGACUGCUUUCCUGUGUGGGCCAGUUACAAGAACACAUCAAUGUGCUUACUAUAGCAUCCAUGGCUGCGCUUUCUGAGUGUUGUGUUAUACUCAAG